AUGGAUAGCCAAAGCCAGCAUCUUCCUUUCAACGGCAAUUCUCAGCGUCGCAAACUGACUAAGAAAGCACCGCCCUCUACUCAUCUCCACUCCAGCUCGCUCAGCAUCGAUGGUCGCAUUGACGCCCAAUCCAUCCAGAGCAAACGGAGCUUGACAAGCCUGAGGCGGGCCCCGAGCGCUCCACCUUCCAGGACAUCAACAUCAAACGCGUCCAACAGCUCAUCACCACGAUACCCCCCGACCGCAAUACGAUCCAAUCCGUCGCCCGUCCUUCCCAGCAGCGAGUUUGCCGGCCCCUCCUCCUUCUACUCGCAGCCUCUGCCCCCUCUCUCCAAUCGCGGAAACCGCCACUCCGACUCGGCUUCACACUCCCGCCCCCUCAGUUCCAAGACAUCCGAGGAACUCAUUGGGGCGCCUUUCGACGGGACCGCGAUCCUCAGUCGAUUCGAAGCCACCAAAUCGUCGACUCACUACCUCCCUCCUCCCCGCCCUGCACCUCCCCCGCCGCGCGCCGGCCCCGACACCAACGCCAGAAUCAUGAGCCCCCCCACACUGCGCCAGUCGGCGAGCUUCUCCGCUGCCGACUCUGGCGCCGACACCCUGGUAAACGACGACAAAUUCCCAUCCAAGGUCGAGAGCUCCGCGAUCGCCCCGAAGCGAUAUUCCGACGACGGCAAAGAAUCCAAGCCGCCCGGCGUCCUGAGGAAGAAAUCGGGCUUUUCGGGCUUCAUGAACAGCUUGGUGGGGUCGCCAAAGAAGCCUCUUAUCUCAGCGCCUGAGAACCCCGUGCACCUCACCCACGUCGGCUACGACAGUGCAACGGGUCAAUUCACGGGCCUUCCGAAAGCGUGGCAGCGCUUGAUCACGGAUGCGGGCAUAUCAGAGAAGGACAGAAGAGAGAAUCCGCAGAUCCUCGUGGACGUGUUGACAUUCUACAAGGAGACAACUGAGAAGCCGCAAGAGGACCAGCAGCUAGAGAAGUUCCACGAUGCAAGAGCGACCGAUUACCGCUCUUUGGCCACCACACCGUCAUCCACAACAAUGCCGUCGCCCGCCACGCUGACCCCGGGCAGCUAUCCACUUUCCCCCAUGAUCAGCCCGCCCGCCAGCCCCCGAUUUCCACAGGUCAACAAUGAGAGCAGCUUUAUGUAUCCGCGAGAGCCACCUCCGGUACCGAAUAAGACACCGGGGGCGCUGCCCCCCAAGGAUAUCAACAUGGUGCCCAGUCGGCCAGCACCAAAACCUCCGGUUAAUCUUCCCAAUAGGGUGGCUCCCCAUCCCCCUUACCCUGCAAAGGACUCGGGCAUCGGCAUGCCGCCGCCUGGCGAGGAUGCACAAAGCCCCACGAGCGUUCCUCCCAAGGACAAUGUGCCAAUGCUGCCCGAGGAACACCGGUCAAGGUCGAAUUCCCGGGUAAAUGGCGCACCUCCCUACACUUCUGCCCAGGCCUCCUCGAUCAUACCGCCGCCUACAAACCAGGCCGCGGCGUACCAGCAGCAAUUAAUGCAGCAGCAGCAAGAGCAGGCCAUAGCCCAGGCCCAAGCGGCGAUGACCGGCCAGCUCAGCCGGCAAGCAAGCAAACGCCAGCAACCUACACCUCCCACUUCUCAACACCAAUACCCUAGGCCACCCGAUGCAAACGGAGCAGCAGCCCGUGUUCCCCAACCCCAAGCCCAAUCCCAACCAGGCCCUGUUGUCCCCGGCGGAGCACGGCCUAGACAUCGGCCUCGCCAGAGCAAUAGCAUUGAUGUCAUUGCCCACCUCAAGAGAAUAUGUUCGGAAGGAGACCCGCGGGAUAUCUAUCGCGGCUUUACCAAGAUCGGACAGGGUGCCUCUGGCGGCGUAUACACAGGCCACGAGCGGGGCAGUAACCGGCUUGUUGCUAUCAAGCAGAUGAAUCUGGAGCAGCAGCCCAAGAAAGAUCUCAUCAUCAACGAAAUCCUCGUCAUGAAGGAGAGCUCACAUCCCAAUAUCGUGAACUUCAUUGACAGCUAUCUGUGUGGUGGAGAGCUGUGGGUCGUCAUGGAAUUCAUGGAAGGUGGGAGCCUGACAGACGUCGUCACGUUCAACAUCAUGACCGAAGGCCAGAUUGCCUCGGUAUGCCGGGAGACCCUCAAGGGGCUCCAACACCUUCACUCCAAAGGUGUCAUCCACCGGGACAUCAAGUCGGACAACAUCCUCCUCAGCAUGGAUGGUAGCAUCAAGCUGACCGAUUUUGGAUUCUGUGCCACCAUAAAUGAGGCCCAGAACAAGCGUACGACCAUGGUCGGUACGCCUUAUUGGAUGGCACCCGAGGUUGUCACCCGGAAAGAAUACGGCCGGAAAGUCGACAUCUGGUCAUUGGGGAUUAUGGCCAUCGAGAUGAUUGAAGGAGAGCCGCCCUAUCUAACUGAGUCUCCAUUGCGAGCACUGUGGCUGAUCGCCACAAAUGGCACACCCCACAUCAAGGAGGAGCAGAAUCUGUCAGCUGUCUUCCGGGAUUUCCUCUAUUUUGCCCUCAAAGUCGAUCCGGAGAAGAGAGCCAGUGCCCAUGACCUCCUAAGACACGACUUCAUGAAACAAUGUGUCGAUCUAUCCCAGCUCUCGCCCCUGGUCCGAGCAGCAAGGGAAGCUCGUGCACAAGAGAAGGCUCGCAAGGGACAAUAA